CAGCCAGCGGUUUCCAACUUCAAGAUCCUUCGUCGAAGAUUGCACCACCUACGGAGACUGCCCCAACAAAAAUAUGAUUGUUGCAUGAAUGCAUGCAUGGCAUUCACGGUCCUGCAGAAUUCGGACUACUGUACCCAUUGCAAUUCCGAGCGCUACCAACCCAUAAGGGCCGGCCGCAGCCGGCGAGCCCGCAAGACAUUCACGUACAUGUCGGUGAUUUCCCGGCUAGGGGCACAAUUCCACUCGAAGGAAAAAGUUGCAGCGAUGCAGUACCGCUGCUCUCGGCUAGCUGCCCCACAUGUCAUCAGCGAUAUCUUCGAUGGCAAGUUCUACAAAUCUCUCGUGGCCAAAAGAUUGUUCUCCCAAUCAACUGAUGUGGCGUUAUCAUUGACACUGGAUGGAUUCAGGAUCUUUGAAAGGUAA